UAGAGAGAGAGAGGAGAAAACAGUGAACCAAGAAAAGCAAGAGGGAGGGUUCAGAAGCGUGGGGUCGUCCAAAACAAGUGGGGCGAGGAGGAGUGAGAAAGUGGAGAAAGGAGAGAGAGAGAAAGAGACUGGGAUGAUGAGAGAGAGAUUCUAAAUAGUGGUGGUAGGGAGAGGGAGAGAAAAGAAAUGCAGGUACAAGAAUUCUGAUAGAGGAAGUUGGCCCAAGAGCAAGUGAGAGAGGAAAGAAGUUUGAGAAACAGGGACCUUUACUCUGUUGGGUAAAUCAGAAGAAGCGAAUUAGUGCAUACAGGAACGAGAGAGAGAGAGAGCAAUGUGAGAUUUGGGGUCUGGAAUGCAUCAGAAGAAGUCGGAAUUGCAGAUCGGAACGGAAAGCAGAGGUGUCUCCUCCGAUUUCAGCAGGGUGCCGCCUCUCCGCCACCAACAUCUGCACCAGUAUUACCACCAAGAACAGCAGCAACAACAGACCCGCUACCAACAACAGAAUGAUGCUCUAAUCUCGACGCCUCACAAGAGGGCAAUGAUCACCACACCUUCUUCCCUCUCCCGUUCGCCCACCCUUUCCUCCCUUCCUACCACCAGCGGCAGCGGCGGUGGCUUCCCCUCCAAUCACAGUCCCACCUCCACCAAGGCUAAUACCACCAUCGCCUACCCUUCCCUCCGCUCUCCUCCUUUUUGUGCCCCGUCUGCCUCGUUCUUGCGCCUCCUAAGGCGGCUAUCCUCCCAUCACUAUUACUAUCACCACCACCUCAAGCCUCGAUUGCUCCUUCCCCCUUCCCUCAUUGUCGCCAUCCCCACCUUCUGGUGGUUCAUCAAGACUUCCCCGUCUGAACUUGGCCUCUGGUUCGACUUCUUCUCCGCCUUCGCCUUUGCCGCUGCGCUUCUCCUCUCCUUCCGCUUCUCCUUUCCCCGUCUGACCCUCAUCCGCCUCAUCAAGCCCGUCUCUUCCCUCCUUCCUUCAUACGAGCGCCUGAAACCCAAAUCCUCCCCUCAGGCGCACCACGUUAAGUGGACUAUCGGCUCCAAACCCAAGUCCGAGAAGGCGGCUGCCAUCGACGCGAAGGAAGGAGUGAUUAUCUACAGCAAUGGCGACGUCUAUGAGGGUGAAUUCCACCAGGGCAAGUGCUCUGGGAGCGGAGUCUACUAUUACUGCAUGAGUGGUCGUUACGAGGGUGAUUGGGUCGACGGGAAGUAUGAUGGAUAUGGAGUGGAAACGUGGGCAAGGGGAAGCCGCUAUAGGGGACAGUACAGGCAAGGGCUGAGGCAUGGAUAUGGAAUUUAUAAGUUCUACACAGGCGAUGUCUAUGCCGGUGAAUGGUCUAACGGGCAGAGCCAUGGGUGCGGCGUCCACACCUGCGAGGACGGCAGCAGAUACGUCGGCGAGUUCAAGUGGGGGGUCAAGCAUGGCCUCGGCCAUUACCAUUUCAGGAAUGGGGACACAUAUGCAGGAGAAUAUUUUGCAGAUAAGAUGCAUGGUUUUGGUGUUUAUCGUUUUGCCAACGGUCACAGGUAUGAGGGAGCGUGGCAUGAGGGCAGGAAGCAGGGUCUGGGAAUGUACACAUUCAGGAAUGGAGAGGCACGGUCAGGGCAUUGGCAGAAUGGCAGCCUUGAAACACCCAGUACACAGAACGGACAUCCAGGAUCUCCUGUUGCUGUUAACCAUUCAAAAGUUUUGAAUGCAGUGCAGGAAGCGCGACGAGCAGCAGAGAAGGCAUAUGAGGUGCCUAGGGUAGACGAAAGGGUGAACAAGGCUGUCACAGCAGCUAACCGGGCAGCUAAUGCUGCUAGGGUAGCAGCAGUUAAAGCUGUCCAGAAAAGAAUGCACAACAGCAACGAUAAUAAUGAUCUGUCAACCGAGAUGGUGUGAAUUUUUUCCCUUACACUAUCGAGCUCAUCAGUCAAUUAAACAUUUUCUUGAGGAUAAGCUUGGUGAGAGAACAGUGGCUGUCAAGGUUUGGCCAGUGCCCUCACAAACGUUUCAUGAGUCCACUAACAAGAGUCUCGGCUAGUAGACGACCCCAUUUUAGGUGGUGCGCAGGUUAGUCCCUCUGGUUUUUUGUGUAAAUAUAAAGAAUUAAGUAAAUGAGUGACUGAACCAACGGCAAUGUGGAUGUGCAAGGUUGGGAAACCAUUUCCCUUUUUCUUUUCCUUUUUUCUGUUCUCCUGUAAAGAGCAGUAGAUAUAUGCUGGCGCCAGGUAAACCCUUACCCAGUAAUUAUUAUGUUGUACUUUACCCAAGUUUUUUCUCAAGAAGAUAAAUAGUGUCGAUUCACUUUUA